UGUAAACAAUAACAAUUUUUAAUGUCAGCGAAGUGUCAAGUAUACAUGUGGGAUCCUUUUAACUAAGUUUAAUUAAUUUGUUGAAAUAAAAUGGGCAAGCAAAAGAAAACACGUAAAAUACAAAAACAACGUACAUCGAAACUGAAACGUUUAUUAAAGCCUACUGAUCAACGGAUUAAAGAAGGGAUACGGAAGACACGUAAAAAGCCAAUAGAUCCACACGCUUUGAAAGUACACAAUGUUCAACAACAAAGUUCCGCACUGUUUUUCCAAUAUAAUACACAACUGGGUCCACCAUAUCACAUUAUCCUCGACACAAAUUUCAUCAACUUCAGCAUUAAAAACAAACUGGAUAUCAUUCAGGGCAUGAUGGACUGCUUAUACGCCAAAUGCAUCCCCUAUAUCUCAGAUUGUGUUCGUGCCGAGUUAGAAAAGCUAGGAAGUCGUUAUAAAUUAGCGCUGCGCAUAAUUUCUGAUCCACGCUUUGAACGUUUACCCUGCCUACAUAAGGGAACAUAUGCCGAUGACUGUUUAGUAGAGCGAGUUCGCCAACAUAAAUGCUAUAUAGUAGCAACCAACGACAAGGAUUUGAAAAAUCGUAUACGCAAAAUUCCAGGUGUACCUAUUAUGUACGUAGCUGCGCACAAAUAUGCCAUAGAACGUAUGCCGGAAGCGUACGGUGUAAAAGCGUAAUAUUUAUUAGUUUUUGAGUAGUAGUUAGUUAGGUUAAAUUGCAGUUUUAUAAUUUAUAAACUAUAUGCUGUAUGUAAUUAUCACAAUCUGAACAUAACUGAAUAAGAAAGAAACACACAAAAA